UUUUCAGGCCAUCGCCUUUGAUUAAAGCUGAAACAUUAUUUUUAUUUGGAUAAAAAAAAUAAUAAAUACCUAGCGCACAGUUACACAUCUCAAAACUCUUUCCACGACGAAAUAUUGAGUUGAUUUUUUUGCACUGUUGACGUGGGAAUUUUUUAGUCCACGCUUUUGUUUUGUUUUGGAGACUUUUUUUCCGGGACUUUUAACAGUUUGUGCCUGUUUCUCGGCUCCUCUGACAGACGAUGGCCGGAGAGUGCGAUGUGGCGUCUGAGAUCGAGGUGCUACAGUCCAUUUAUCUGGACGAGCUGCAGGUGGAGCGGACAGACGAUGGAGGUUGGGAGGUGCGUUUGGUGCUUCACCCGUCCACAGCUCAGGACUCUGUGUCUCAGUUUGUUCGCCUCACGCUCACACUGACUCUGGAUCAGAAGUACCCGUUGUCCUCCCCCUCCAUCUCCAUUCAUAAUCCUAGAGGCCUCUCGGAUGACAAAAUUAACAGUGUUCAGAAGUGCCUCCAGGCUGAGGCUCAGUCCAGUGUGGGCUCCCCUGUUCUGUACCAGCUCAUAGAGAAAGCUAAAGAAAUCCUGACUGAGAGCAACAUUCCUCAUGGAAACUGCGUCAUCUGUCUGUACGACUUUAAGGAGGGGGAGACUCUGACCAAAACAUGCUGUUAUCACUACUUCCACUCUCACUGUUUGGGACGAUACGUGCAGCACUCAGAGCACGAGCUGGAGCAGAGACAGAGAGAGCUCCAAGAGGACAAGACUCGUGACGACGCACAAAAACAGGAGCUGAAUGUGGUGUGUCCCGUUUGUAGAGAAUCUCUGAACUACGACGUGUCCCAGCUGCUGUCCUGCCCGGCCCCUCUGCUGCCAGAGGUGGAUGAGGCAGUGAUCAGCUCGGCAGAGUUUCAGCUGAAAUGGAGCGAACUGCAGAAGAUUCUGGAAAAACAGAAAACAAACGGAGGGAUCAUUGACCCCGAGGAGGAGUCCAACCGCUUCCUCAUCCACAUACAGGCUCCCGCUGCAUCAGAAAACCCAGACUUGGAUCCCUCUUUGGACUUACCCUCUCCACCAAACCCUGACCCCAUCACAGGGACUGACCCAAGCCUUCCCAGCAUGCACCAGUGCAGGGACCCCCAUAACCCCCGGAGACACUCCCAUGGGAGGGGCCAACGACACGGGGGCAGGCAGCGGCCAAUCACAGACCAGCUGGACCAUCUCUCCCUUUGCUCCAACGAAACAAAACACAGCAAACAUACAACGAAUACACGACUACUGAAGGAAGACUACAACCAUGCAACCCCCCCAGAUGCCACAAUGGAAGCCCCAAAAAGUGACCUGGAAAGGGGGCAUCGAGGCAGGAGAAGAGGGCCCCACCACCACUACCACCACCCAGCUCCGAUGAGGCAUCACUGGGAGGGAAGAGGGUCCAUCGGCAGAGGGGGACACCCACACUCACAGUGCUACAGAGGGGGAAAGAGCCAGAGGAGAGGCCCCCCUAACAGGCCCGUGGACAGGGAGAGAACCAGAGAGGAGGUGCUAUGACAAAGGGCAAAAGGUUGUGACUGUGGCUCUCUGAAAACAAGUGUGACAUAUUACAAUAGAAGUCAGAGCAGGAGACAGUGGCGCGUGUACAGCAGUGAGUGGUGUGGGUGUAUCUGCUCUGCUCUAAGUACUUUUACGCACAGAAACAGGUGCUCGUGUUGUUGGAUGUUGUGCCAUAUGAGACUAAGUAAAUGCUUAUUAAAUUUUAUUCAAUGUCA